GAAGGUGACAAUUCCUCUUUUCUUCUCCACCAAAACGAUUGCAGCAAAGCUAAAGAAAGAAGCAUUUCAAAGGUUUUUUUUCGCUCUGUCCUUCUCUUUCUUUUUCUUCUUGUUUUCUAAACGGCAACCCCAUUAAAAUUUUAAAUUCCCUUAGUUUUAGGGACCAAGAUUGCACAUAAAUACAGGCUUAAAUCCGACAAAGAAGAUAACAGAAUCAGCUGUCCGAUAUUGGGGGAGAGCGAUUUUCAUCCAAUCUCAGAAGCGUCGGUUUGGAUGCGGAUCGACAUGCUUGCUUGAUAGGGCAUUUUGGACUUUCAACCACAUAAGCAACGUGGCUUUUAGCUGAACAUCCAGCACUCUCUUUCUUCCUUUCAUGUCUUCCUCCCAAUUCCAUCAGCUGCUACGUUGAAGUUUCUAGAUCACCAUCUCUACUUAGCUUUCAAGGUUUGGUUUUAGUAUCUUCGAACUUAGGCAUUUGGAGCUGCAUUUGAUAGGAGUUGAUAUGCCUUGGAGUAAAGUUGUAUGAUACAAAUGGAAACUAGCAUCAGUGGGAGCUCUUCUCCAACCCAUCCUAAAUGGAGAAAAGUUGUCUAUGGUGGGAUGCAACCUGGCUUUGGUGACAAUCACACAGAUGAAACCUUCCUGGAGGAAAUGAUCAUGAAUGCUAAUGUUGUCAAAAGAGACUUAUUGAAGGUGGUCCUCGACGCAGUUUCUAUCUCACAAUAUCUUUGCAUUGUUGCCCUUGUGGUUUUGGUUUGGACCUACACCCUCACAAAUACCUUGACGGAAAAGUAUCUUUUGCUAUUGAAUGUUAGCCUACUUGGAUCGGGUUUCUUUAUUCUGCUCUUAACUGCGGACAUGAUACCCUUCCAUCUCCUCCUCAAUUACCUCCUAAAGAAUACCUUCUUCAUAACUGCCUUAUACAUGUUGUCUCCUAUCUACCACACACUUACUAGGUCCAUAAGCUCGAAUUCUAUAUGGGCACUAACAGCUUCCCUUCUCAUACUCCAUCUAUUCCUGCACAAUUACUCAGGGUCCACCGUAAAGGCUCCUGGAGCUUUAGAUAAUCCAACCCUGACAAGCAAUAUCUCUCUGAAUGCUUCGAUCGUGGCUUCACUUCUGAUUUCUUCUCGACUUCCAUCGAGGCUUCAUGUCUUUGCUAUCGUGCUUUUCUCCUUGCAAGUUUUCCUCUUCGCUCCUUUAGUCACAUAUUGUGUCAAGAAGCGUUCUUUUAAGUUGCAUAUUUGUUUUUCCCUCCAGUUACUGGUUCUGACACUAAUCUUCACUUACCAGUUGCAUAAGCUGCUUUUCAUUUUGCUUUUGGGCAUCUUUGUCUUUGUUAAUUUGGUUUGUCCUUACUGGCUGAUAAGGAUUCAAGAGUACAAGUUUGAGAUUAAUGGCCCCUGGGAUGAAGCCAAGCUAUGUUUUAACAUUACAGAAUGAGCAAGUUAUUUCUUAGGCAUCUCCUUUGUAUUUUAAUCAUAGAAGUUAUCAGUUAAUUAAGCCUUUUGUCUCUUUUAUAUUGUUGAUUUAACUAGUCAUGUAGGUAUGCUAAUUAUUUGUUCGAUAGAUUUGUGGAUGGAUGAAUGUGAUUCGUUGAAUCAAAUCUUUGAAUUACAAUCAAUUUU